AUGUUUUCUGCAGUCACUCCCAAAAUUACUAUAAAAGGGGCGGCUUCCCGCCUCCAAUUCUCCUUUCUUCAUCUUCAAUCAAGACCACCAUUGUCGGUCCCCUACAAAACGGGACAGCCAUUGCAUGAAACGAGGAGACAUAUAAUACCGACCGCAGGCCAGGUUACACCUGGGAUCAGUGCGUUGGAGUACUACGAGCGUAGAAUGGCAUUGACAAAGGAAAUGCCGAAGAACUCAGCAGCAAUUCUCGUAGGAAACCAGGUUCAAUUUGCGUCCGGCGCGGUAUUCUAUCCAUUCCAACAAGAUAACGAUUUCUACUAUUUGACUGGGUGGCUAGGGCCAGAUGCUGUUGCAGUGGUGGAGAAAGUGGCAGAUAACCUGAACGACGAGGAUGUGGUGUUUCACUUGAUUGUGCCUCCUAAAAACGCCGCCACGGAUCUCUGGGAAGGCGAUAAAAAUGGUCUUGAGGGCGCAUAUGACUACUUCAAUGCGGACGAAGUGCACGAAUUGAACUGUGUAGACUCAGUUCUCAAAAAGAUCAUCGGCAGAAACGAAACGAUCUUCUAUGAUGAUAAGAGCAAGGGACGUGGCGGUCAUGGUGCGAGUGGGAAACUUGCCCUGUUUUUCGGUUUUGGUGGCCGGUCUCAAUUGUCCUCGCAUGGCUCCAUUAUGGAUAUUCUUCCUGCCUCGAAAAAGUCCUCCAAACUGCUCAAAUCAAUUCUUGCACACCAUCGGCUGAUUAAGUCCAAGGCUGAAGUCUCAGUAAUGCACAAGGCGGGUAAGAUUUCCAGCCGUGCUAUCAAUACCGCUAUCGCUAAGGUUGGUCUGGAUCAACCUUUCCAGACAGAGAAGGUGUUGGCCCAAUACUUGGAGUACGCCUUCGUUCGUGGCGGCUGUGAUCGCCAGGCAUAUAUUCCUGUCGUCGCCAGCGGUGAAAAUGCGCUCACGAUCCAUUACACAAGAAAUGAUGAUCUACUUUUCAAGGAUGAAACUGUUUUCGUGGAUGCUGGUGGAAAGUUGGGCGGGUAUUGCGCUGAUAUCUCGCGCGCUUGGCCCAACUCGCCUCAAGGCUUUUCGGAUGCGCAAAGAGACAUAUACUCUGUAGUCCUAAACGCCAAUAAGGUCUGUAUUGAAGAAUGCUACGAAACUGGUUCGACGUCUCUCCAGAGCUUGCAUGAGCUCGCUGUGACAACCUUGACAUCUGGUCUUCGUCAAUUACCCGGCUUCAAAACUGUCCUGCGUUCAGAGGUGAGUACAGAGCUCUUCCCUCACUAUAUCGGUCACCACUUGGGCUUGGACUUGCAUGAUGUGCCCAGUGUGUCGCGCAUGAACGCAUUGAGAAAGGGAAAUGUGGUGACUAUUGAGCCAGGUUUGUACGUGCCAAUGGCUGAGAAAUGGCCCAAGCACUUCAGAGGAAUUGGUGUCCGUGUUGAGGACGACAUAGCUGUUGGUAGAACCAGCAGCGAUGUCUUGAACUUGACUAGCUUGUGUGUGAAGGAGGUGGAGGAUAUCGAGGCGCUAAUUCGGUCAGGAAAAGUGACGACGCCUGGAGUUUACGAUGAAGCUGUUGAAAUCGAAAUCUAA